AUGCGCCUCACGCUAUUCUUGCCGCCGGAGCAAUCCCAGCUACGGCUCAGCUGGGGACUAUUGGUUGACAAUCUAAAGCAGCUGAAUCCUGGUAUCUCCUGCCCUGAUCUUGAUGCCAGCAGGUCAUACUGUGUUAUAGGCACUGCCACGGAGGAACCAUCCAGCACCACUUCUACUUCUACGACAACGAAAACAACCAUAAUCAGCAAGUCUACUACCACCACAGUGACUGCCCCCAGCAACAGCCCCACCAUGCCCGGGGUUGCAAGCAAUUGUGAUGGAUUCUACCAGGUCUCAUCCGGUGAUCAGUGCGACACCAUUGCCGCGAAAUACGGUAUCUCCGAAGCCCAGUUCAAGAGCUAA